AUGGUCGAACAACUUGAUUUAUCAGAUCAAGAUGUGACCUUCAUAGCUGAGUUCAUUGAUUACUUGAUUAUUAGACUUGUUCCUACUUGGAAGCCUUCAGCUGACAUUUCUUCCGUUGGAGCAAAAUGUUCAUUCAUUGAUGGACCUGAAAACAGCUCAAUGACACAUCCUUGGGAGUCGAUGCCUGUCAAUUUUCUGCCCAAGGCAGUGGUUGAGAAAAAUCCUCCAUUGAAGCCAAACAGAAAUUCUCAUGCUGACCGUUCAAGUUAUUUUGAUGGUUAUAGUUUUAAGAGAGUCCACUCUCAAGAAUCAAUUUUUUCAAUGUUAUCAGCCGAGUACAGUGCCAGACUAGACUUGGUUACUAACAGUAAUAAAUCAAUAGAUUGUGUUGGUUAUGGUAUUGAAGGAAGUUACAAGAGCUCGAAUGGAUCCGGACCUGAGAUCAACUUUGCAGUUGUAGAUUAUGGUGGCUGUAAAACCAAAACAGUUGGUGAUGAUGCUAGUGUAGGUGUUGAGAUGAAUGAAUAUGCAAAGAACACGGAAGUGUCUUUUUCUGAUUUAGGUUUAAAUUCUAGUGUUUCAAGCUUGCCAAGCAUUGCUUCUUCUUUAUCUCUUGUAGAUAAAGAUCAAGAUAGUGAGCUAAAGUUCGAGAUUGAGGCAAUAGAAUCACACUAUCAACAAUGGUUUCAUGAACUCACAAAGAUGAGACUAGAGGCACUGGAGGGUGCAAGAAAGAGGUGGAUCACGAAGAAACAGCUUAUAGCUCAUUGAUGAUGUAAUUUGGCUACAA